AUCUGAAGAAGGUUCAUCUGCUUCAGGACAUGAUGUGGAUAAGAAAAAUGAGGUUAAAUUGGAUGGCAGUAACAGCAUGCAGCAAAGUAGUGGCAUUUGAACGUCAUAAGACAAAGAUCCUGAUCCUGAAGAUUUUAAGUUUUAUACUAAAUGUUUCUGCUAAAGUGGCCGAUGAUGACAUGUAUAAAGAUGCGGAUUCACCAGUAUAUUUUAAGUGCCGAGCAGAGAUAAUAGUUUGAAGUAUAUAUGAGAUCAACACAUUAUUCUACUUCUCAAAUCAGAAGAUUAUCUUUUCAGAGAAGAUUAUUUUUGUUUUAUUCUAAACCCGCAUAUCUAUUAUUUCUUGGAUGUAAAGAAAUAAUAUUAUCGGAUAUUGCCACAUUGCGGAUGUUGCCCGGUCUAUAGCAAGUUAUCAUUUUGUUCUACCCUAAUGUGCUUGGAUCUACAAUGCAGUGGACUUCAAACACUUUUCUAAUGGAUGUGGUAAUGGACAAGUCCAAGAGCAGUUGGGAAGCAGUUUACCCCCAGGGUAUUAUAGACAAGGAUACUGCAGCUGCUGCCAAGUACAUUACAUUAACCUAGAAAAGCACCUUGCAAGUGACCAACACAGACAAGUAUCCAAGCUACAUAAGAAUCGAUUUAGUACAAGCGCAUUGAUGGAGCGAUUCUUGCAGGAUGUUCAUCUCUACCAUCCUCAAAACUACCAUGAUACUAGACCAACAUAUGAUGAUAUCCCAGAAGUUAAUGUGCUUACUUCCUCGUGUGAAGACAGAACAUGUACUCUCUCACAGGAAAAUCAGGGUGCUGUUUCCAGCAGUGGAAGACUAACUGGCUUGGACAAGCAUUGUAUCUCUGACUCAUAUAGAUCAUGGUUCAAUUGCAAUGAAAAAACAUUCACACAAUCACACAUCACAAACCACAAAGAGGGCCAGUGUUCCAAAACUGGGGAAACCCAACAAAGCAUUUACAGAAGUUCUCCGACUACUUGCCAAAAAGCCUUACAUAAAACAGUAAAUACUGGUACUGUACCUCACACCUUUCACUAUAGCACUUUACCUUUAUAUUCUGAUGGCCAGUUGACUGUAAAUAACAGUACCUUUGAAACGCCACAUGCUGUGCUUUGUUCAGGGUCCACUAACAGAGAGACAAAUUAUGAGAAAUGCAAAAAGUGCCUAGCUACAGCUACUUCAAAAAACCCUACAAAUGACUUUCAAAAAAGCCAGUUAAAUUUUCAAGGCAGCUAUCAUCAUCUGACCUCAGGCACUUUGUUUAAGAAUGAAAGGAUAUUCAUAUCUCAGGAAAAGAAGGAAUGCUUUCUCAGGAAUCAUGAGCUACGUAAUGAAGCAAAAGAAAUGAAAAAUGAUGGAAAAUGUAAAGGAUUUUCCCUCUUCAAGAACAAAGGUAUUUACUUGAGCAAAGGUGAUGGAACCUUAGUAGAUAAAACCAUUGAGGCAGUAAUCAAAAAAUACUGCCAUGAAUCUUCAUCAGACAAGACAACAGAAAAAGAUGAAGAAAGUGUAUUGUCCUUAAAUGUCCCAUCCAUUACUGAAGAUUCUACUCUAAGUUUUGAUUGUAUUGCACCUUCAGAGUUAAAAGAAGAUAACUUAAAAGCUGCAAUGACAAAUUUAGACUUGCACAAACAGUCUGAUGUAAACAUUGAUGAAGAGUACAAAUCAAAACUUAAUUGUAUCCUGCGUGAAAGUCCAACAAUAGAAGUACAGGCUAUAAAACACGAACAGGAUGAGGAAGUUCUUCCAGCUCUGCCUCAUAUUCCUCUAUCAUUUGUUGGUAAAACUUGGUCCCAAGUAAUGUAUGAAGAUGAUUUAAAAAUUGAAGCCCUGGUCAAAGAGUUUAGGAAGGGAAAGUUCCAUUGUUACUUUGAAGAUGAUUGUUCCGUGAAUGUGGGCUCUAAGAGAAAACAUAAGAGCAGACAAAUAGAGAAAAAAGUAGACACAAAAACAGAGGACAUAGAUGAGUCCCAAAAAAUUAAUUUUCUGCCAUUAUUUGAAGAUUUUUGUGAAGACCAUCACCCUGAUAGAACUAGUAUUAAAUCAGAAAGACUUUUUAAAAAGUCUAAGCUUCCUAAACCAUGCAAACGUGUGUGGAGGCAAGCUUCAAGAUGCCAAGUUGUAAAAGUCAGCCAUGGUACUCAGACAAGUUUGGUCAACUAUCCGGUGGUAAAAAAGAAAGUGCUGAAAAAUGAUUCACAAGGAGUUUUUGAUGACCUGGAGGACGAAAAGACUCCAGAAAUGAAAACUAGAAUGUGUGCUUUAAAACUUCCAGAGUCAUACACCAAAAUUUUAACUCCAUUGCAACCCAAGACAAUGGUAUAUGUUCUUUCCCACCCAGACAUGAAACCAAGUACUUGUAGGAGAAGUCGUAAUCGGUGCUCCACCGAUAGUAGAGACUCUGUAUUUUAUAAAUAUAAGCAGUCACCUCUGAAGUAUUAUGACCCUUCGACUAAUCGUAUUCUCAAAACCCCUCCCAGGAACUCAGUACGAGGAAUGAGUAGCAAGGCGCUCUGUGUUCGAAAGCUGUUCAGAAGUCUUAGUAGUGAAGGAAAUGUUGAUAAAGUAGAUCCUGAACAAAAGCAAUCAAGCACCUCUAAGAAGUCUCUGAGCAGUUCUUCUGCUGCUUCUUUACACUUUGGAUCUGUUAAGGGAAAGGAUUUAGGCUCCAGCAUAAAGGGAAGUGGAUCUUCUGUGAGCUCAGAAUACAUAGGCACUGGAUUUGUAAAAUCAGGGCAUUCUGAAAAACCAUAUGCACACAUUACCAUUUCUCAAUGCAAAGCAGCUAACACCAAGGCCAAGGACGAUAGUCAAUGCAGUAUUUUGCUCUCAAAAUCUAAAAGUAAAUCUUUGAAACAGCAGAAGUUGAUCACAAAAGACCCUCAUAACACUUCAACUAGGCUUAGAAAGUCACAAAUGGAAUCUAGAGAUGCUAUACGCUCUAGACAUAAUCCCCACAGGAUGGUGAAACAUUUGGGAAAACAAACACAAGGAGUAUCCAAAUGUAGGAAACGGGCAAGCAAAAAGACGUCUUCAGUUCUUCCAAAAUCAAACAAAUCUUUUGCUCGGGUUCGUCAGCCAAAUAAAGAAAAAGUGAAAAACCAGAGGAAUGAAAUUACAGUUCAGGAUCAUAAGAAAAGUCUGGUAAAGUCACAGUUUGUUUCACUCAAUCACCAAAAAAGAAAACAAAGUAUGACAAAAAACUGUUUGCAAAAUAAGUAUCAAGAGAAAAAUAUUACUAGAUCGCGGAGCAAAACCUCUGAGCUUAUAGUGCAGAACACAAUGCAUUAUCUAAGGAGUAGACAUGCAGUAGCAAAUAAAGUUUAUAAUACUAGAACUUUUACUAACACACUGACCAGAAAAAAAGUCAGGUGAAUUUGUAUUAAAAUGUCAUUGUUUAUGGACUAAUAAGACACUAAAACACUGUGUGCUGGAAAACGGGUAUUAAGGUACAUUUUUGAUACUUUUUUAUAGUUUAGAAUAUUUGCUGAGAUAAUUUUAAAAAUAUUUUACACUUUCAUAAUCUAUUAAUAAUGUUUAUUGUAAGAUAUAUUUCUUUAUAUAAAAAUAUGUAAAAUUAACUGACCAUAAGCAUAGUUGUCUUAUUGUAUAUUAAUGUAUUAAGAUAAGAACAGAGCUCCAUAGUCAUCUUACUGAUUUCUAUACAUUUUAUUAAAAGGAGUAUAUUAAAGCUUUAUUUUAAAUGCCAUAAAAAAAUCUUUACUGGACACUGGUUAUAAUUAGAAUACAAAGAUGUAAAAGGGUUGGUCCUAAGUUUCUAAUGUAAUUUAGAAAACAUUAAAGAAGGAUCAGAGUGUUUUAUGGCAUCCUUUAACCACUUACCGCCCAGCCUAUAGCAAAAUUAGAAAGAAAACGUUUUUCCCAAAUGUAUGGUCUUUUUUUAUUUGUUGCGCAAAAAAUAAA